AUGAGUUUGCCCCAGAUGGAUGCCGCCCAGCAGGCAAAGCUGCAGUUGAUGCAGGAAAUGGAAAUUGAAAUGAUGUCCGAUCUGUACAGCCGGAUGACCCAGGCAUGCCACAAGAAGUGCAUCCCGCCCAAGUACAACGAUGCUGAGCUCGGCAAAGGCGAAUCCGUUUGUUUGGAUCGCUGUGUGGCCAAAUAUUUGGAAAUCCACGAGCGGAUAGGCAAGAAACUGACGGCGAUGUCUGCGCAAGACGACGAUUUGAAGAAGAAGAUGGGCGUUUAAGGAGCCGUGGUUCAGAAUAUACUUAGCUUAAUAGUGGCUUGAACAAAUAGCCUUCCCCUUAUGAUUUCUUUCCAUUAUUCCACAGUUUUGGAAUGGUGUCGAAGCGUUUCAUAAGUUUUAUUAUGUAUGAAAUACGGUUCGGAUCGAAUGUUCUAAGAAAUAUGUGGCAAUAAAGAAAAGUUUAAAAUACA